AUGCCAGCACUUGUAUCGACCUCAGCUGACCCGGCAACGGUAGCGGAUCGCCUGAUUCUGGAAGUGUCGAAAGCGCUCACGGCGCCAUCAGUAGGUGCCGGCGUUGCAGAUAAUCUCUCCUCUGCGCUGCUAUCUGUACAGAGACAUGCGACGUCGUUCGGAUAUUCUUCCAAACAAUGCGAGACGCUUGUCCGACUCGCCCUACUAGGCCGCCUUCGUCCUCUAUCAUCCGCCGGGACCAGCAGCUCUGCCAAGCAAAAAGCUCCCAAGACGUCUGUCUCACUUGCUCUACUGCGGUCCGUCAUUCCGAGUCCCCGUGCUAGAUUGGGCAGACGAGUUGUCCUCGACAUCCUCGCUUGCCUCGGCCCUUCACCUGGUGCAGACGUCAUCAAGCCAGCUGGUCUGCUGCGCGAUAGCAACGCCGCUGCAGAUCCAAGUCUCGGACCGCCAAGACUCCAAGUAGACAGCAAGGUCCAGGUUGCGGCGCUCAAGCUCCUUUCCGUGCUGCUAGAGUCACCUUCAGUCCCCUUAUCUGCUGCUGCCAAGUUUUACAGCGGAUCUGGAAGCAGAGAGACCGCAUCACAAUCAGAAAGGCAGCGAAACGAACUUGAGCAGGAGAGACUCCAACAUCACGCAGCUCAAUACACGGGGCUUGCCGGUAGCUUGCCAUCCUCAUAUCUCACUUCUGCGGCCAAGACAACUUUGGAAAAGUGCUAUUCGACCUUGUUCCACUAUCUCGACUAUCAGGCUCUGCGGCCUCAUCUGUGCUACCUGCUCUGUCGGCUCACAAGGCGAAGACAUGUGCGACACUAUCGGAUCACAAAGUUGAUGGCUAUGCGGGCCAAUUCUGCGGGAGAGGUGGGCAUCUCUGCUGUCCUGUCGACGUAUGCCAACUUCUACCCUGAUCUGCUGUUUCCGGAACUUUUGGGAGGCGGCGGUGCAGGCAGCUCGGCAAUUGCUGGAGGUCCGGCUGCGGGGCUCAAGUAUCCCGAUUCUGACUGGAUCGCAGCGGUUCUGCUGACGCACGCACGCUGCACACGACGCAGUCAAGGCGACACGGUUGAGUCUGAUGAAGAAGAAGAAUUCGAAACUGACCGUGAAGCUGGCAACAGGGCAACGAAGAAGCAACGCUUGUCAUCCAACGCUGUCAAAGAGAGUACAAAAACAGAUCAAGGCGCCGUGGGAUCAACCGCUCCUACUCUCAUUCCCGUUCCGAACUUGGUCACCAUCCAACCACUCAACUCAGCACAAAAAGCAUUCGGCACGCAUCCGUCGCUCAUCACUGAAUUAUCAUCGCUGCGACACCUUGCGCAUAGUCUCGAUCGGCUGGUGCUGCCAUCGCAAGCAGCAGCCAUGCUCGGCGGCGGGCUUGGGGCACGUUUGAUGCGUGUCGCCGUGCUGGCAGGUGCCACGAUGACUAACGAAGACUCCCUCAGCCAGACGAUCCCUGCAGGGCGCAGAAACAGGCAGGCAGAACACGAUCUUUGCUGGGCACGAUUGUCCGACUGGCUCGAGAGUGUGCUGAGCGAUGAGCUUGGGGUUCAGUCAUCUUCACAACGUCGGCGACUCAAGCUUCCGUCGACGCAGGUAGAGUUCCAACGACUAACAGCGUUAUUGCGCAGGUCGAGGUAUCUGUUCGAAUUGGCUGAGCAGAUGCCGACCAAACUGGAGGAACUUACCUCAAGCGUGUUGCUGGCGAUGGCGCAGGUGGUCAAUGUCGAUAGCGAGCGAGCUAAGAGCCAAGCAACAACAGUGGACGAUAUGGAUGGCUGGUCGGAAAGCUGGGAUCAGCUGGCCAGAGAAGUGUUGAUGUUUGUACCUCUGGUCACACCGUGCGACGUGCCAUCGUUUGAAGAGAGAUUCAUGGCUCCACUUAAUGCGCUGGCUACUUCGAGCAGAGUUUCGCUCGACACGUCUGCUGCGGUGUUGCUGGCACUGUCGAGUUUGCUGACCAACUGGGGUGUACGCGAUUGGUCAGAGAUUGGACGGACGCUCGACUCACGCCAGUCGUACCGAUGGGGGAUCUCGAACCUCGAUGCUGCUAUCGUCUACACCGAACUCAUCUCGAGCGUCUCUGCGCAAACAGACUCUCUGGCAGCAUUGCUGAUUGGGUUGCAUCCACGUCACCUGUUGAUCGAGCAUGCAGCGCUCUCGGUCUACGAGAUGCUCUCGGGCCCACUGGCCGGCAUGCGUGUCAGUGCCAGCAUCUCUGCUCUGCCGCUAUUUGCCUUUACCAUGCAUGCUACCACGAUCGUUCCUGUCUCUCGCCUUUGCGGUCUCGUGCAAGACCUGCGCUCCGCAUUCGAAGAGUACAACGCAAGCAACCACACACCAGCCAAGAUCGACGGUGGACUUGAGAGCAAAUUCUACAAGCUUCGUUCGGACUUUUUCGAGGAAGAAAACCUGACCACGUUGAACAACAACGUCACACUGGUAGCCAACCUGAUUUGGAUGGGCAAGAUCAUCUCGAAUGACGAUCAGCCAGGCUCACUUCCACCCGGACUCGACACACGCGUGCUCAACGAGCUUACGCAGCGAGGAGAUGUGUUGAACCUCAAGUUGGCAACGUUGGCAAACACGCCAUUUUCGCGCGCGAUGGCGCACAUUACGGAACGAUUCGCAAACGUCUAUUGCUCACGAAUGGACAAGGAGCAGACAGAGAGCGAAGCAUGGAUUCGCGGUCCUAUCACGCCCAAGACGUUGAAAGCGGCCAAGAGAAGCGGUAUACCGGCGGGGUGGUCGCAUAUGGAUUUCAGAGCAUACAUGUUGGAUUGGUUGGACAGGGAGGGUGGUGCUCAUGGAAUCUACGAUCUGUUGAAGAACAUUUUGGUCACCUUCGGCGGUCAGUUGAAGAGUAUCAGGGGUGAAGCGGUGACUGCGCAAGGUGCGUAA